AUGGUGUUGGUCCUCUCCUCAUAUGCGUGGGCCUUUUCCGAAGACUCAAUUUUAUCUACUCUUUCGAGUCCGAGUAAUCCAACAACUCCAACCACGACAACCACUGGAUCCAUAAAUGUAAAUACUAAUGAUCAAGCAACAGCGAAACGAGAUGUAUCAUCGGCUGCCGUUGAGAAAUAUGAAAAAACGCCCGAUAUGGAAAUAUUUGAGAAGGCAUACGAAAAGUGCAUUUCGGAAUGUAGUCAAGUUGUAGACGUUUGCAGAAAAGCAUGUAAUUUAUUAAAAUUGAGACAAGAUAACAGAUUGACAAAUUUCCAAAACAUUAUUUUACAAUACAAGAAAAAUAACAGAAUCAAUCCAGCACAGGCCUUUUUGCAAGAUUUGAAAGAUGCCACCAUUCUUAAGAGAAAAUAA